AUGGGCUGUUGUCAAGCAUCUCACUACCGGGCUGGAGAACUUUCAUUUAUGGAAAUCCGGACAGAUGUUUGCAAGAAUUCUCUGAAAAUGAAGAAUGAAGAAAGUUUUGUUGAACUAAGUAUUUUAUCAAAUAACGACUCACUGCCUGAUACAAAUCCUACUAAAUCAGAUGAAAAUUUUCGGUUUUUUUCAUCAACUUUCCUAUCAAUGAGUGGCUUUCAAAGUGGAAUAGAGUCAGCCUUCCUUAGCUCGCCUCCUAUUUCAAUAAAAGGAAGCUUAUUUAAAAGCUCUUCAAUAACCAUGACUGAGCCUCAAAAAAUGCUGUAUAAUUAA